AUGGGGGUCGAUGCUGACAAAGAAGCCGGUUCCUACAUUCUCAAAAGUUAUGGAGAAUUCUUCAAAAAACAAUACCAGGAAUUAGUUUUAUUAAAUAAUAAUGCAAUUUGGGAAGACAAUAAAACAUUUCAACCAAUACAAAUUUUUAUGGAGCCUACAGAGCUAAUUCCAGUCACCAGACUUGUUUCAUCUGAUAAUAUUAUGAUGACCAAAGUAUUAGGUGCAUUAUCAUCACUCUGUGUUGAAGUUAUUCGAUUGAAAAAAGAAGCUUUUGACAGAUAUUUCCCCUUCUUAGCAGUUUAUGAAGAAUAUGGUAGCAGCAGUAUUACCUUUCAAGUAAACACCAUAUGUUCAUUAAACUCAUUCUAUAUUCGGUGUGAUGACACACUUCGGAACAUGUGUAGUCAAGUCUUUGCAGUUUUCACAGAAGGAAUAGUCAAUUUAAAUGCGAUUCAACUGCACUAUGUUAUAAAUUAUAUAGGUGAACUUUUUACACUUAUUGUUUUAAUGGAGCUGUUGAUAUCAAGUACAUCAUUGGCAUCAAAAUGGAGCAAAUACUGUCAAACUUUACAUACAUUCAGUCAAACACCUGAAAAAUUGAAUUUGACUGAAGACAGUUUAAAGGCUUUACUUGGAGCUAUUGAAAAUAUCAGAUGUAAACUUAUGCAUGAUGAUAUAGUGCAAAACACACUUCAAAGUUUAUUAACACUUCGAAAAGGCUUAGUUGACAAAAAUUGUUCAAAUGCAUCAGGAGAAUUCAUGCAGUACCUAAAACAAGCUAUAGUUAAUCUCGAUAAAUUGGUCCAGGACAAGCCAAAUUUAGCCAAUAUGUACAAGUGUAUUAAAAUGAAUGCUCUUUUUGUUCUAAGUUCUUAUUUAUUUGGGAAUAAUGAUAAAAAGUUAUUCAAAUCACUUAUUGAACUAAAUAUCAAGGCUCACAGUGUCCAUGUUAUUGGGACCACAGUGUGGUUUCCGGAACAAUUCCUUCAAAGACAUUUAUCAGCAUUGUGUGCAAGUUAUGGGAAAGUAUCACAAAUAAUGUUGAAAGCUCGACAGGCUUAUAUUGCUGCUAGAAAAAAUACUCUAUCAAAAGAUGUAUCACACUUACAGUUAGUGUGUACUAAUUGGACCCUGACUAUAGAAGAGAUAUUUUCAAUGAAACACAACAAACUGAAUGCUGCUGAAAUGACACAGCAUGCUAAAGUAUUGCUUGAAGGCUUGGAAUUAAUUUCUGGCAUUAACUAUUCUAUUCUUACACUUAUCAGUCUCCACCUCUCUUUAGGAAUACCUUUGUCCAAAAGUGUACUUAUGUCAUUAUUUGAUAUAAUUGAUACAUUGAAGAGUUUGCAAAAUGUUGUUGUGCGCAAUAAUUUCCAAAUAAUCAAUUCUAUUCAUAUGAUUCUGCAUCAUUUGAUUUUCCAAGCAACAUUAUCCAUUCAAGAAAUGAAAAAAUCUUUGGUGGGAGAUAAAAAUUAUGCAAACAAGAGGCUAGAUGAAUUAACUUGUGUUGUGAUAGCUGAACAAGCUUUAAAAGGUGCAACAACUGUAGAACGAAAUAUAGUUGCAAAUGUAGCAUUAAGUUUGAUUCCAGAGAGUACAUAUACAGAUGAUAGUUAUGCAAGAUUAGCUAUUUUGUUGGAAAAAGUACAAAUAUUGUCUAAUUACACAAAUACCUUUGAAAAUCUUUGUAAUUGUUCUUGGUUAUUAUGGCAUCAGAAUGUGAUACCUAUAUAUUUUGAACAAAAUUUUAAUGUACAGUUGAAUGCGUUGAAAGUAAAAUAUUUUCUAAUGGUGUUGGAAGACUGUAUGUUGUUAUUGCAUGAUACAGACAAUCUUUUUAAUGUUUAUAAAUCUCAAGAAUUUCUGAGUGAAAUGAAAAGCUUAAUAAAUGAAAAUAUUAUAAAUAACACAAGUCAAAACAUAGAAACAAAUUUACGUUUACACAUUCAUUCUCAUUUGCAGUUGGAUGUUAAUAAUCCUUUCGCUACAAAUAUGACUAAGAAAUUGUUACUAGCUAUUGACAAACUACGAAUCCAAAGUGCAUACAUGUGUGUUGUACCAUCAGUGGAACAUUAUUUGUCCACUAUGUAUUACAACUUGACUACUGUAGUACUUUCAGACUGGAAAACAUAUGGGGAAAUGAGACAGAUGGCCAGGUUUAAAUUCAACCUUAAAACAGUCCAAGAUAAUUUGCCUACGCAAACUCUUGAACAAGGAUUGGAUGUGUUGGAAAUAAUGAGAAAUAUUCACAUUUUUGUAUCAAAAUAUCUCUACAAUUUAAAUAAUCAAAUAUUUAUUGAAAAAAGUAGCAAUAAUAAACACCUAAAUUCCAUCAAUAUCAGACAUGUGGCCAAUUCAAUAAGAACACAUGGAACAGGGAUUAUGAAUACAACAGUUAAUUUUACUUAUCAAUUUUUAAAAAAGAAAUUUUUCACUUUUUCUCAGUUCAUGUAUGAUGAACAUAUAAAAUCCAGACUCAUCAAGGACCUCCGAAAUUUUAAAGAUGCUACUUCUAAUGGUGGAAAUAUGUAUCCAUAUAAAUAUGCUGACAAAUUUAACAAAGGAAUCAGAGUUCUUGGAACAGCUGAUGAUGGUCUUAGUUAUUUGGAUUUAUUUCGUGAUCUCAUAAGCCAGAUUGGCAAUGCAAUGGGAUAUGUGAGGAUGAUAAGAUCAGGGGGAAGACAUUGUUGUUCAGAUGCCACAGUAUUUUUACCAAAUUUAGACACUACAAGUUCUUUUAAAGAAAUGUGUGAAGAAAAUUUAGGAUCAAAAUCUGUUAAUUCAUCUGAAAAUUUAGACAAUACAGUAAACAGUUUAGUGUCAAACUUUUUACAGGGCACUGAAUAUUUCAAGUUACUAGUAGAUGUAUUUGCGCCAGUUUUUCGAAACCCAAAGAAUGUCCAUUUGCGAAACUUCUUUAUUAUUAUACCACCACUAACCUUAAAUUUUAUAGAGCAUAUGAUACUAUCAAAGGAUAAAAUGACAAAGAAAAAUAAAGUAGGGGCUGCCUUUACUGAUGAUGGAUUUGCAAUGGGCAUAGCUUACAUAUUGAAAUUAUUAGACCAGGUACAAAAAUCCCUCGGAACAUCCGGGGACUCCGAAGAGACCGGACAGGACAAUAACACGCGGGUGUCACCGAAAAAAUUUUAACUCAUGACAAGGCUCAGCAACGCACACAACGAACUUAGGUCCGCGUUGCGCGCACGAUCCGAUUUGAAAAGAUGGACCCAGUAUUCUCUUUGAAAACGUCUUCUUUCUUAAACUUUAUGUUAAUUACAACACAACGUAAUCUGAGAAUGUUUACUCAAAUUUUCAGGGGGCGAAUGUUCGCAAAUCGUGUGUGUUGAAUCCGUGACAAGUCCUCGGCGGAGAUUUUCUUCACGAUUCAAGGACUUUUUCC